AUGAAGUUAUUAUUUAUUGCUGUUGUCUUGUUGCUUGCUUGCUUUAGCUUGCACUCUACCAAUGCUAACACAGAUGCUACCACUGUCAAGAGUGCAUCUAAUAUGACUGUUGAGCAGAGGAUUAGAGAGGAGUUGAAGAACUGGGAGAAUAAUUGGAGUGGAUUCCCAAUCAACUGUAGACGUAUGGUUGAUACUUUGUCAUCGGAUGGUGUCGUCGAGUACCCAGUUGGAAAGAACGUCAUCAGUGGAGGCCACAGAAGAAUCUUCUCUCGCUGCGAGGCAUUCAUCAUUGAGAACUUUGCCCAGAUGCAAACCUACAUCACGGGUCCAGCGCACAUUGUCGGCUACCACGCCGCCUUUGAGAGAACCACCCUGUUCAUGACCAAGGGCAACUGCAGACUGUACUCACGCGGCAUCGUCACCAUUCAGUACGACAAGGACUACAAGAUCAAGUCGCUCAAGGACUACUUUGACCUGGACGAGUUGAUCCAGAGAUACCAGGACUGUCAGUUCCCAGGCACUCCACUCCCAGAUCACAUGGCCGGCGCCACUGAUAAGCCAGCUGCCCCUGCUGCUCCAGCUGCUGCCACUGCUACUCAGGAUGACAAGAAGCCAAAGGAUGAGUUGUAA